ACACUUUUUACCUAUUCAGAUAAAUAAUUAUUCUCAGUAUUACGACUUAAUGUCUAUUAAGUAUAUAAACCCUCACUGAUUAACCUAAUUAUACAAUUAUUCAAGACUAUAUAAUUAAAUGUGAUGCUUAUCCCCCUCCAACAAGGACCAUUGCAUUACGAAAUUACAUCGUAUUCAGAACUGUGUGAUCUGAGUUAUACCAAUUGGUGUUGUGUGUUAGCUAGCUUUGACUUUUAUGCUGUAGUUCACUUUCUUUUUUAACAAUAUCACCAUGUCGGUGGCUUUUGCACCUCACAGACAGCGGAAGGGUGAUAUAACACCCGCUGGAAUACAAAAGUUACUUGAUGAAAACAACCAGCUGAUCCAGUGUAUAAUGGACUUCCAGAGUAAAGGCAAAACCGCUGAGUGUUCACAAUAUCAGCAGAUGCUGCACAGAAAUUUAGUGUACCUGGCCACGAUAGCAGACUCCAAUCAGAAUAUGCAGUCUCUUCUACCCGCUCCACCCACUCAAAACAUGCCUAUGGGCCCUGGUGGCAUGAACCAGAGUGGACCCCCCCCUCAGCCCCCUCACGGUCACAACAUGCCCUCUGAGGGUAUGGUCAGUGGUGGGCCUUCAGCCCCCCAUAUGCAGAGCCAGAUGAAUGGACAGAUGCCUGGGCCCAAUCAUAUGCCCAUGCAAGGCCCCGGGCCAGGCCCCAACCAGCCUCCGAACAUGCCCAGUGGCUCUAUGAAUAUGCCCCCCAGCAGCCAUGGCUCAAUGGGUGGUUACAAUCACACAGUCCCUUCUUCUCAGGGCAUGCCAGUUCAGAGCCAAAUGAAUAUGACCCAGGGCCAACCCAUGGGCAACUAUGGGCCUCGACCAAACAUGAACAUGCAGCCAAACCAAGGCCCAAUGAUGCAUCAGCAACCUCCAACACAACAAUAUAACAUGCCUCCUGGUGGGGGUGGGCAGCACUAUCAGGGCCAGCAGAACCCAAUGGGCAUGAUGGGCCAGGUCAACCAGGGGAAUCAUGUCAUGGGACAGAGGCCGAUGCCGCCUUACAGACCUCCACAGCAAGGACCCCCUCAGCAGUAUCCAGGGCAGGAAGACUACUAUGGGGACCAGUACAGUCACGCAGGACAGGGGGCCUCAGAAGGUAAUGCUCAGUACGGCCAACAACAGGAAGCUUACCAGCAAGGCCCACCGCAACAGCAGGGCUAUCCUCCCCAGCAGCAAUACCCCGGGCAGCAGGGCUAUCCACCACAACAACAGGGCUACGGUCCGACACAAAGUGCCCCUGGACACCCGGACCCCCCCAGGCCCAACAGCAGCGCCCUUACGGUUAUGACCAGGGGCACAUGAGGAAAUAAAGAAGCGGGGAUUUGAACCCCUGACUAGCUCUGUAAGAAGCAAAGGGCCAGUACGGAAAUUACCAGCAGUGAGAUGGUCACAGCAAUCCACACAGCUCUCCUCCAACAAAUGUCUGAGUUUUGACCUUUGGUCAACUUCAAAGCAGAGUUCAAUUAUGAUUUCGGCUCAGUUUUCCCUUGGACACAAACGCAAAAUACUCAAGAAUACAAGAUACAUUUCCCCCUCUGUUACUCUUGCCUGUAAAAUUUAUUCCUGUUUAUCAUUCAUAUUGACAUGGUAAUUUAAAAGUUCAUGACUCACUGACUGCUCCGGUAUAUCUCAAGCAGCAAUGCCUUAAAAAUGGAACUGCCUUAUCCUUUAGCAUUGCAGAUUGUGAAACGGGCUGACAAAAUUUGGAAUAACAAAUGACUAAAACGUAGUUGCAAUCUACUAUGGUGCAUUGUUUCUCUUUCCUUCAGUUCCCUUUCAUAAGAAGCAAUAAUGCCAGCAGUAGGGAAUUAUGAGGGGACUUAAAGAUGAAAUGAUUCAAAUGUACCUGGUGUACUUCCAGCUAGGCCAUGGUACAUGUCUUGAUGUAUGUGAUGUAAAAUAAAUAUUUUAUGCUUUUUAGAUCAAGCUAACUUUGUAUAAGACAUGAAACUAGUACUAAAGCUGUGUUGUUUAUUUCAAAUGUGUAUGUGUCUGUGAUUUUUAAAACCAUCUUUUUUGUUUUUGUUUCCAUGUUCUUUAUUAACAAUGAAAACCCAUCCAGCACAUUUGUUCAUUUUUUGUUUCUGAAUUGUGUGACCAUUAUCUUGGACCCGCUUUGUCAGUGACAUUGACUGUAUGAAUUCUUCAUGAAAAAAUAAAAAGCUAUUUGGCAUGCUGAAAUUCCUUAAAGAACAAAUAUUAGCUCCAUAUCUGGAAAUUAGAAAUAUUUGAAGGCCUGAUAAUGCAUAGUCAUGAGUCAAAUUUGUAUAAUGCCUUUUUUUUUUUCUUUCCUCAGUAUCUGACAGUAUAAUGGCUGUAGGACUGUAAAGUUGUUCUCAGAGAGGUCAUAUGUAGCAGAUGCCACUAUAGAUUAUGAGCUAAAGCCCUAAGAUGGCCUUUUUCCACUUGAAACAUCUCCAUUUUGUCCAUUGACUGCAAACUGGUAAAUAGAACAGAUAAAACUUGGUAUAUUUCUGACGUGAUUUUUAUUUUUAUUUUCUUUAGUCAGCAAUGUUAGUUGGUGAGUUGACGAUGCUGGAAUCUUGUCUCCCCUUUGAAUAAACAUCUAAGUUGAUGUCAUUUAGUGUUGUGUGUGAAUAAUAAACAUAGUUACUGUCAAAUAUGUAACAUAAGAUGUGAAAAUAAUGUUCUGAAAUGGAUUCCUUCACAGUAAAGACUGGUUGUGCAGUUUUAUAUCACUGGCUUGAUAUCUGUAUUAUGGUGCAUAUUUUAUUGAUCCCAUAUGUACAGCAGCAUAAGGAAGCAGAAUUCAGUAUCCUCUGGUAUUGUUUAUAUGUGCUGUUUUAAUAUUUUACAUGUCGCACCCCAUUCAAGUGGUGGUCACAUUUGUGUCAUGUUAAUGUAAACUGUACAUUAUAAUAAAUUGGAAGACUCUUUAAUAUAUUUUGUGUGUAAUUAAUAGCUUUGGAUGUUUUUUUUUUUUAUUAACAGGCUACGGACACAAAAAAUGUCCAAAACAUUCAUCUUGACGGCAGAACAAACUCAAGGCUGCUAGAGCUGUCAUAAUGUGACAGAAUGAUGUAAUUGUUUUGUCUUCAUCUUCGAUCUGGCGGAGAGUUUCCAGCUGAUAAUGACCCUGCCCUGCUCAGCAGCACGCCUGCUUUGUCCAGAUGCAUCCAGAGAGGUCCAGAGCACAUUUACACCCAAAAUUACCUUCCGUGUCCCUCUUUCCUCCUUUGCUCCCACCAGAGAGGGAGAGGGACUACCUGUCACAUCGCGGGGAGCGAUGCAGAUGGUGCACCAGAUGUGUGGCCAAAGUAUCUAAUGACGGAGUGGGGUGUGGUGUUAAGAGACCCACAGACUGCUCGGGUCUCCUCAGCACAGGCCGGGACUAUGUGCCUGUAAAAUUCUGGUGGACGGAGAUAGAUAAAGACACGCAGUGUGGAUGAACUUUCUAAGUGUGUUAUCUGUAUUCAUAUUCGAUAUGUGCAUACGUGCACAUUGCGUGUCCCUGUUUGGGAUGUUGUGGCUUCGCCCAGUCACCCCACACCACCCUGCUGCUCCACAGCUGGCUGCCCCACCCUUCCCAGCUGCCACUGGGGCUCCCCCCGGCCCCUGCUCUUGGCAGAGCCCGCGUUUUGGGCGCUCCCCCACCAGUCCUCAUUGGCAGCUGCUGCCCUCAGCUGUGCUCUUGCAGACGGUAUUGGGGUCGGACAAAGUCACUCCUCCUGUGACCGUGUCUGGGACCAUUGUGGGAGGAUGAAACGGUGGCAAAGAGACUGCUUCUUACAAAAAAAGAUUCUUGGAUUUAUGUCGACGAGCACAAAGUGGCUUUGAUAGGAACGGACAAACCGCCGGAAAUGUUUGAAUGUAUGUGACGACACCAAUACUGUUGAGUAUCAUCUUAAAUUUAAUGAAA